AUGCUCUACUCGCCACGCUUAAAGGAUGGCAGCUUGGUGCGUCUGCCUUGGCCCGUGACGCUUUACAAAUACUUUAAUCACAUCUGUUGGCCGCUGGAGGAUAAUGUCAGUAAUUUUUAUAUAUAUCUGGAUCGCUGUGCUAUCUAUAUAGGAUUUUUGAUAUUCUGUCUGCACAACGAAGUGGAUUUUCAUUAUGUUAUACACCAUAGACAUGAUUUGGAUAAAAUGCUAGAGGGCAUGCCCACAUAUCUGAUACUAGUGGAGAUACAAAUUCGCGGCUUUCAGCUGGCGUUCACUAAGCAGCAGUUCAAGCGUCUGCUGCAGCAAUUCUAUGCGCAGAUUUAUGUAACAGCGCAAAGUGAACCCACGUUAUACAAAUUAAUACAAAAACAAAUGCUGGCAAUGCGUUUAAAUUCUAUAAACUAUUUGCUGGCGCUGCUGAAUUACUUUAUGGUGCCUGUAUGGAAUAUAAUUUAUCAUCGACGUGAUAUGCUAUAUAAGCAAGUUUAUCUAUUCGAUAAUACAGUUUUGUAUUUCUAUAUACCACUGCUGAUUUGCAACUAUUGGGUUGGCUUUAUUAUCGACAGCAUGCUCUUUGGUGAACUCAAUGUUAUUGGUGAGCUAAUGAUGCAUCUAAAUGCGCGUUAUGUGCUGCUGAGUCGCGACUUGCAGCAGUUGGCGCAACGUUGUUUGGCCAAGCAGCGUCACUCUGUUAACUUGGCUGUUGAUUUACAGUUGCAGCUGCGGCAACUGCUGCGUCGUCACAUUGCUUUGAAUGCAUUUGCUGCGCGCAUGGAACGUGAGUUCAGUUUGCGCAUAUUUUUCUCGUUUAGCUUUAGCACUGGACUGCUUUGUGUCUUGGGCUUCAAAGCGUAUACGAAUCCAUUUGCCAAUUUGGUUUACUUGGUUUGGUUUGCAGGCAAGUUCUUUGAGCUAUUGGCAUUUGGCAUGCUCGGUUCAACGCUGCAUAAAACGACUGACGAUUUAAGCACCAUGUACUAUAGCUGCGGCUGGGAACAAAUUGUGUACCACUCGCCUAAUGCGCAGGAAAAUAUUAAGCUUAUGAAAUUAAUCAGCAGAGUUAUACAAAUUUAUUCAGUGCCAGUUUCUUUAACAGGCUUUAAGUAUUUUCGUGUUACGCUCGAAGCUGUAGUAAAGAUAAUACAAGGCGCUUUUUCAUAUUUUGCUUUUCUAAAAUCAAUGCGUUAA